AUCGGCAUUGUAGACAAAGAACAGCAAACAUUAAAAAAGGAUACACUCUCCAGAAUAAAUUACGAAAACAAGCUUUUGACAUACUAUAAGCAAUUUCUGAAACAUCUGGAGCGCAUAACGGAGAAAUAUACUCGGAUGCUGCGGGAAUCGAAAAAAUUGUCCACUGAUACUCGUCAGUUGCUAGAAACUACCGUACAGUGUAUGUGCGAUUUGGUUUUGGCACAUCCGUACUUCAACUAUAGCCCAAAUAUUGUCCAGGUGCUCGUUAUCAUGCUGAACGAUGCGAAGGAAAGUGUUCGAAAAAUAGUUCACUCAUGUUUCAGUACGCUAUUCAAGACCGAUGCAAGAUUGGAUCUAAGCUACCAUACGGUUCGCCAUAUUAACAUGCUGAUAAAAAAGAAGGAACGAAACAUUUUUCCGGAAAUGGUGUCCUGCCUCAAAUAUCUGCAGAUCCAUCGAAUCAAUAUGCACGAGGAAACAUUGCUAGAGCUGAAAAAGCAAAAACUAGAGAAACAAAAGUCGUACUUCAUCAACAUGUCACGAAAGGAACGUAAGCGAAAGAAAAAACUUCAGGAAUUGGAAAAGGACAUCUUCGAAACGAAGGCCGAGGAAAGCAAACAGGUGGUACGACGCAAGCUGACCGACAUUUCCAAAAUGGCUUUUAUGAUUUAUUUCAAAAUAUUAAAAUGCUAUCCCGAUUCACGGGUUCUGAGUGCAACACUGGAAGGGCUUUCGAAGUUCGCGCACACUAUCAAUAUUGAAUUCUUUGCCGAUUUGGUGGAAUUGCUAAACAAUCUACUAGUAAACGCUUCGCUUGGGUAUCGCGAGCAAUUGCACUGUAUCCAAACCGUGUUCGUUAUCCUCAGUGGACAGGGAGAAGUUCUAAAUAUCGAUCCAGCAAGAUUUUAUUCGCAUUUUUACAAAAAUCUUCUGUAUGUUAAUGCAGGUAAAAAUCAUGAAGAUAUGGAAUCAAUCCUAAAAACAUUGGACAUCAUUCUCUUCAAGCGUCGUCGUAACGUUACGUACUAUCGCUUUGUUGGUUUUGUAAAGCGUCUUGCUACGCUUUGUCUUCAGGUGCUGCCUAACGGGUCCCUUGGUCUGAUAUCGUUGAUUCGCAGCUGUAUGAACAUGAAUCAACAGCUCGACAUUCUGCUUGAUACGGAAGCCGACGUAGGGUCUGGUAAGUUUGAUCCGUUGAACGAAGAGCCGGAAUUUUCAAAUGCUAGCUGCACGGCCUUAUUUGAAACUACCUGCCUGACCCGGCAUUAUCAUCAAACGGUGCGCAAGAUGAUAACAAACGUACUGAAAGGAGCGGAUAACGUGCCCAUCAGUGCUGGAAGAACUUUGACUCCUGGGGAAUUCUACACUAACUAUGACUGUUCGGAGAUGGUUUUCAAUCCGGAAAUUCCACAACCUUCGAAAGUAAAAUACCCAAGCAGGAAUCGUAGUCUAUUGGCACUAGCAUUGGUACAAAAGAGUUUCUUGGAGAAUUACAACCCGGUUGUUCCGCUUGCCGUGUCCAAUACCGACGCAUUGAUGUUCGACUACUACCAUGAGUGCGCUAAAAAACACAAAUGUUAAUAAAGUUGAUUCGCAUUUUCGACUCAUUAAUUUCACAGGAUA